GGAACUUCUAGGGUUCCGGCAGCCCUCCGGCAGAUUUGCCAGCGGAGAAUCUAGGUACAUGCGUCGCGCCACCUGGCAAUGGCGGCGGCCAGCUUCAACUCCAUCUGCGCCUCAUCCUUGCUACUACUAGCCUAGCUCUGACUCUCAGUCUGAUUCUAGUCCUAGGUCCAAUCCUAGAUUGCCAAUGCAGGCUUGCAUGCUGAACUUGGAAGCCCUCUGCAAAUCUUCUGCACCAGUACUAGUACCGCAUUGCUGAGUGCCACUGUCUUCUUGGAGCCUUUGAUUCACCCGUCGUUGUGGUUCUUGAGAAGCUGGAGUGCGCAAGAGAUGUCAGCUGGCACCCUACAGGCAGCAUUGGAGCUGCCAUUGAAACGUAGAGUUUUAUGGCUGCUUUUCCAGUGGUGGUGGUCACUCAAUGGAUCCACGACGAGGCGAUCGCAGCAUUGGCGGCAUUUGCGACUCCUAUCCUAAACCAAACGAAGGAGACUCUAAGUCAAGCGGAAGUCAAGCGGCGGUGUCGGGAUGCUGACGCAAUGGUGGCGUUCAUGUCUGACUGGGUGGACCGAGAGGUCCUGGACAGCUGUCCUAAACUAAGAAUUGUAGCAGCAGCGCUGAAGGGUUUCGACAACUUCGACGUGAAGGCGUGCGAGGAGGCUGGCGUCUUGCUGACCAUCGUUCCAGACCUGCUGACUGAGCCCACAGCAGAGCUGGUGAUUGCCCUCACGCUUGGGCUGAUGAGGAAUAUCCUAGCGGGAGACGCGUACGUGAGGAGCGGUGCAUUCCAAGGGUGGCGGCCCAUCCUGUAUGGAGCAGGCCUGAAUGACAAGGUGAUUGGUGUCAUCGGCAUGGGCGCCGUUGGAAAGGCUGUUGUUCGGCGGUUGGUGGCGUUUGGCGUUCGAAAGCCGAUCUUGUUCCUGGACCCCAACCAAGAAGCAGCCACGUCUGCUCUACCCAUUGCCCCAGCGUCAAGUCUCGCAGAUUUGCUAAGUGCAAGCAACGUGGUCAUCCCUCUUGUGCCCCUGACUGCGGACACCACACACCUAUUCGAUGCACAAGCCCUGCGCAUGAUGAAAUCAGGCGCCUUCCUGGUGAACUGCGGGCGAGGGUCAGUAGUCGAUGAAGACGCCGUCGCAGAAGCCCUAGAGACAGGGGAGCUGGGAGGGUAUGCAGCCGAUGUGUUCGAGUUCGAGGACUGGGCACGGCCUUCGAGACCGCGGCAGAUUCCUGAGCGCCUGUUAAAGAUGAAAGAUCGGACCCUUUUCACGCCGCACUUAGGCUCUGCGGUGGACGAAGUUCGAAGAGAUAUUGCCCUCUUUGCAAUCGAGCAGAUUAGACAGCUUCUCGUUGACAGAAAGCGGCCCACACAUUGUGUGCCUUGUUAAGACGAGCCGACGCGGAUGAGAAUCAGCUGCCAAGUCAUCCAUGCACGUCACUACAAAGAAGCCUCUUGUCUACAAGCAACACGGCAAACUGCAAGAUUUGCCAAGGUUUAUACGACUGUCCAAAUCAUAGCUGGCAAGACCUUCAAAGUCCAAGAUUCAGACCUUCAAAGUAACUCGAGCAGAUUGUUGAGCUAGCCCAAAUCUACUAAAUCAUCGCGCCUAGUGCAUGCAGCCGCAUCACGUGUGACCCGCC